AUGUAUGCGUCAGUGUUGACAAAGAGAUUAGAGAGGGAAAUGGAGGAAAAGGGGAUUGUGCCGGACAACCAAACUGGGUUCAGAAGAGGAAUGGCCACGAUAGAUGAUAUCUUCAUGCUCAACUAUCUGGUGAAUUGGCAGGUGCAGGAGAAAGGGGGAAAGUUGGUGACGUGUUUCAUUGAUUUGAAGGCGGCUUUUGACUCGGUGAGCAGGAAAGUGUUAUGGGAGGUGAUAAGGGACAGAGGGAUUUCAGACGCGUUAACGGAGAGGGUGAAGGAGAUUUACAGGGAGACAGCGAGCAAGAGGAAUGGGAGACAGGAAAAGCAGGUGAAGAGUAGGAUUGAAAAGGCGGGGAACCUAAUGGGGCCGGUGUGGGGGAUGGGGAAAAGACGACUCAAGAGGGACUGGAAGAGGAGGAUUUGGCUAUUUGAUUCGCUGGUGUGGUCGGUCGUGGGGUACGGUGCGGAGAUUUAG